AUGUGGUGCGAUAAUUGUCUAUUAUUUUUUCCUUUACGCGCUGGUGCUAUAAUAUUGGCUACUUUCAUGGGUCUUUACCAAAUAGCUGGAGGCAUAUUUUUGUUCCUUUGGGGAGGUGAGCAUAAUAAAAUUGAGGCUGGAAUUUAUGGAGGCUAUGCAAUGGCUCAAGGUGCCUUAGCAUUUAUUCUCGUUAUUGCAUUCUCUAAUCGUUCCUAUCUUUUCACGAAAUUUUUAUUUCGAAUAUAUCCGGUUAUUGUGCUCCUCGGAGCUAUCAGAGCCGGUGUAAUGGCAUGGCAACUGCAGCAUUGGGAAUACCGUAUCGUGGGCGAAUGUCUAAACGGUGGAAGGAAAUGGGUCAGUGACAUACCAUCAAACUCAACAUCAAUUGAUCCAUCGACUGCAACACCAACUUAUGAUUAUACCAGUAACUCUACUUUACCAAGUUCAUUUUGUACUGUUGGUGUUCAUAACCUCAUACAACUUUUCACAUCAUCUUUACCUUUUGUUCCUCAUAUGGCGAUUUGUUAUCAAACUUCAGCAUUACCCACUACAAAACUGCAUGUAUGA